UCCAUUCCACAGCCUUCCUCCCUACUUCUCUGUUCUCACUGAGGAAGCAACCGAUUGAUGCUUUCGAGUCAACUUCUGAGUCUGAGUCUUCUUCUUCCUCUUCCUCUUCCUCUUCUUCUUCUUCUUCCUCAUUCCUAUUGAUCCAGCAAGCUUCAGAUGCUUUCGAGUCAACUUCUGAGCCUUUGAUCCAUCCCUGUUUUUGUGCUUAAUUUCUUCCCAAGUUUUGUCUGUUCGGUUAUGGCGUCUUCCGACAAUUUGCCGAGCCUGCUGGAUCCGUGGGCUUCGAGGUUCAUCCCAUUCGCCGAUUCCUGGAUUUCCGAGGCCUUCGCCAGAGACACCGAAACCCUAUCCAAGGCCCUCCAUAUGUCCCUCUCCUCGGACCAUUCCGACGCCGUUGUCUCUCCCACUUACGACGACGGCAACCUCCUGAAGACCCGCGCCGUCAGCCAGAGCGUCUCGGGCUCCGAUGUCGAGCCGCCCCCUGAGCCGAAGCGGGCCGGAACCAUCCCGGCCAACGGCAAGCCGACCAAGCGGAAGUCUCGCGCGUCGAAGCGCAGGACGACGACCGUCAUCACCGCCGAUCCGGCGAACUUCCGCCAGAUGGUGCAGGAGGUGACCGGCGCCAGAUUCGCCGGCGCUUCGCCGGCGCCGGUGGCCCCCGUUCUGAAGCCGGAGCCGCAGCGCGCCGUUAGCCGGAUCCAGGGGUGCCUGCCGACGCUGGACACCUCGGCUUUCCUGCUGGACCUCCAUCUGCCUCGGGAGGCGGUGCCGCAGUCCCUUGCCGUGACUCCGCCGGGCCUGGUGGCCGACGGUGGAUCCGGCUUGGACUUCAACUCGUUCUCGAGCUUUCCCACCCUGGAGUCGUGGAAAGUAAUGUAAUUUUAAUUUUGAUUUAUUCUUUUCUCUUUCUUUGAUGUAAUUUUGAAUCUUUGAUGGGGCCAUGGAUAUGGACAGUUGAGUUUUGGAUCAGAAUCGUCUGGGAUUACUGAUUACAUCUCUUUCCUCUUCUUCUUUCUUCUUCUUCUUCUUCUUCUUCUUGUGUAUCUGAUAUUUAGCUGUAGAGUUGAUGUGAUAUAAUAUGAAUUUCCUGAUCUUUCUCUC